GGAAACACGUGUCUGCACCGACCAAGGCUGUGCUCUGGUCCUCAUCUGAUGCUUCUUGCCUGAAUGCAAGUAGGGAGUCGGAAAGCUGCAAAUAACCUGCCGGUGACAACAUUAUCGUGAUGAGUUUUAUUGAAUAUGGAGAUACGAUAAAAGAAGGGGACACGGCCAUUGUCUUCUUGGGACAUGAAUCCAUGUUUCCAGUGAAAGUGCAACCGGGUGGUAAAACUCAGACUAAGUAUGGUGUUAUUAGACACUCAACUGACCUCAUUGGAAAGAAGUAUGGUUCCAAAGUAACCUGCAGCAAAGGAGGCUGGGUGUACAUCCUUUAUCCGACCCCAGAGUUAUGGACUCUGAACUUACGCCACAGAACUCAAAUCCUGUAUUCAACGGAUAUCUCUUUAAUCACCAUGAUGCUUGAGCUGAAACCAGGAAGUAUAGUAUGUGAAUCAGGAACUGGAAGUGCUUCUCUCUCUCAUGCCAUCAUCAGGACAAUUGCCCCAACAGGGCACCUGUAUACAGUAGAGUUCCACCAACAAAGAGCUGAAAAAGCCAUAGAGGAGUUUGAAGAGCACAAAGUGGGGCAUUUGGUGACAGUCAAGACCCAGGAUGUCUGCAAAAAUGGCUUUGGUGUUACCAACGUGGCAGAUGCAGUGUUUCUGGACAUUCCAUCCCCAUGGGAAGCUGUAGGCCAUGCCAAAUUAGCAUUAAAACAUGAAGGUGGACGCAUAUGUUCCUUUUCCCCUUGCAUCGAGCAAGUUCAAAGGACCUGCUUAGCUUUGGAGGAACACGGCUUUACUGAAAUCACUACUUCAGAGAUCCUGCUCAGAGUGUACAAUGUUCGAACAAUUAGCUUGCAAAUCCCUGAUCUUGGAAAAACAGCAGAUGGUAAUUCCAGCACUGGGGUUGAUGGAGGCAACCUAUCAAAUGAAGAUGCCUUGUGUCCAAAUCUUCCACAGGAAACUGUACAAUUUAAGAGCGGUGUGCCACUUAAGGAAAUGGUGGGUCACACUGGUUAUUUGACCUUUGCUACUAAAAACCUAUUUUAAAUACAGGCUUGAGAGUGUUUCUGCUAUGCACCCUCUGAAUGUAACUUUCCCAGCUCUUUGCUUCCAGAGCAGUUCCAUAUAUAGUCAGAUUGAUAUUUUGUUUAAAUAGCUAGGCAGGAGCACUAACCAGAUCAGCCUUGGCAACGUGCUGUUGUUCUGAAACAAUACUUGCCUAGUUGUCAGGUAUAGAUGAUGUACUAAUAGCUGAUAGGUGCGUCUUGGAAUUUACAAAGUAAAAGUCACAGGUGUGUGUG